CGGGAAGGAGGAAGCGCGAGCGCGCCGGGCUCCGCGCCCGCUCGCCCGCCGGGAGGGAGGCAGCACGGCGGCCGGGUUCCAUAAUGGAAUUUGAACAUUACCUCAAGAGGCUUCAUAUUUUGGAUUAAUUACUUAUCCUCUGCUAAUUAUUUCUUCGGAGUCAGUUAUUUGGGUAUCCUUUUGAGGCAAAGAGAUUUUACCAUGGACUACAAGGAAAGCUGCCCAAGUGUCAGCAUUCCCAGCUCUGACGAACACAGAGAGAAAAAGAAGAGAUUUACGGUUUAUAAAGUUCUGGUCUCUGUGGGCAGGAGUGAGUGGUUUGUCUUCAGGAGAUAUGCAGAGUUUGACAAACUUUACAACACUUUAAAGAAACAAUUUCCUGCUAUAGCCCUGAAGAUUCCAGCCAAGAGAAUAUUUGGUGAUAAUUUUGACCCAGAUUUUAUUAAACAAAGACGAGCAGGACUGAAUGAGUUCAUUCAGAACUUAGUUAGGUAUCCAGAACUUUACAACCAUCCAGAUGUCAGAGCAUUCCUUCAAAUGGACAGCCCAAAGCACCAGUCAGAUCCCUCUGAAGAUGAAGAUGAAAGGAGUACUCAGAAGCUACAUUCUACCUCACAGAACAUCAACCUGGGACCAACUGGAAAUCCUCAUGCUAAACCAACUGACUUUGAUUUUUUAAAAGUUAUUGGAAAAGGCAGCUUUGGCAAGGUUCUUCUUGCAAAACGGAAACUGGAUGGGAAAUUUUAUGCUGUCAAAGUAUUACAGAAAAAAAUAGUUGUCAACAGAAAAGAGCAAAAACAUAUUAUGGCUGAACGUAAUGUGCUGUUGAAAAAUGUGAAACAUCCAUUUUUGGUUGGAUUGCAUUACUCUUUCCAAACAACUGAAAAGCUUUAUUUUGUUUUGGACUUUGUUAACGGAGGGGAGUUAUUUUUUCACUUACAAAGAGAACGGUCUUUUCCUGAGCAUAGAGCAAGAUUUUAUGCUGCUGAGAUUGCCAGUGCAUUGGGUUACUUACACUCCAUCAAGAUAGUCUAUAGAGACUUGAAACCAGAAAAUAUACUUUUAGAUUCAAUGGGACAUGUUGUCUUAACAGAUUUUGGGCUUUGUAAAGAAGGAAUUGCUAUUUCUGACACCACCACAACCUUUUGUGGAACACCAGAGUACCUUGCCCCUGAAGUGAUCAGAAAACAGCCCUAUGACAACACUGUAGACUGGUGGUGCCUUGGUGCUGUUCUGUAUGAGAUGCUGUAUGGGCUGCCUCCAUUUUACUGUCGAGACGUUGCUGAGAUGUAUGAUAAUAUUCUGCAUAAACCCCUAAACUUGAGACCUGGAGUAAGCCUCACAGCCUGGUCCAUUUUAGAAGAACUCCUAGAAAAAGACAGGCAAAAUCGACUUGGCGCCAAAGAAGAUUUUCUUGAAAUUCAGAAUCACCCAUUUUUUGAAUCACUCAGCUGGACUGACCUUGUACAGAAGAAGAUCCCACCACCAUUUAACCCUAAUGUGGCUGGACCAGAGGACAUCAGAAACUUUGACACAAUAUUUACAGAGGAGACAGUGCCGUAUUCUGUGUGUGUAUCUUCUGACUACUCUGUAGUGAACGCCAGCGUGCUGGAGGCAGAUGAUGCAUUCCUUGGCUUCUCUUACGCGCCUCCUUCAGAAGACUUAUUUUUGUGAACAAGUUGCCACUCAGAAACCGGCGAACAAAUACCAGCCUGCGUAUGGAACUGGAAUUCUUGUUUGUAUGAAUAUAUUCAGAUAUGUAUAACAGUGCCUCAUUUUUAUAUGUAGUGUUGAAACUAUGAAAAAUGUAUUUUCUGCUGUAUACAAGAAAAUAGGGCAUUUCAAAGAGCUAAGUUUUAAAUUAAAAUUUGUAUUCUUGUUUAUUAAGCUUAUUUUUAAACAGAAAAUUUUAAAGCUAAGAAUAGCUUUAACUAUUUUUAAAGAUAACUUGUUGCUAUUGACUGUUUUUUCCCUGUUUACACUAACACACCCAAGGUAGACUGUUUCUAAUAGUCUAUUUCAGUUAAGAUGUAUUAAUUACUUUAUAAUUCUAUGACUUUAUCAGAACUAUGCAAUUGGUACAUGGUUGUUUUAAAGAAGAAACCAUAUCUUCCCUUGACAAAAUAAUUGGGUUUUGGUAGAAAUAGACUAUAAAAGCAUUAGUUAACACAAUGGCUGCUAGUUAACACCAAAUAAUCAUUCAUUUUGCAGAUAAGAAAUAACAAAACUAAAUUUGUUUUUGAAAUAUCAGUUCAAUUUUGGGGGGUUUUUAUUUUUAUUUUUUCUCUCAAUUUUUAUUAAUAUUUUCCAUGAUUAUAAAAAAUAUCCCAUACUAAUAUCCUCCCUUCCCCCCCCUUUUCCCCUUUGAAAUUCCAUUCUCCAUCAUAUCCCCUCCCCAUCUCAAUCAUCAGUUCAAUUUUGUAUGUCAGUUUUCCUCUACAGGAACGUGAAAGAAAAAAGAAUUCUAAGCUGGGUGUGGCUUGGGACAUACCUGGAUGUAGCUUGGCACAUUCCUUUAAUUUCAUCAUUUGGGAGGCUGAAGUAGUAGGAUUACCAUGAGUUCAAGGCCAGCCUGGGCUAUAGAGUGAGUUCCAGGUCAGUAUGGGCUAGAGUGAAACACUGCCGGGGGGAGGGGGAGUUUUAAGAAUUCCCAAACUAAGUACUUACUGCCAGAGUUGUUUAUAGAUGGUGCAAAAAUAAAUGUCUAUCAUGUAUUCAAUAUUACAAAUUAUUCUAUUUAUGUUGCUUUUGACCUUUUGAAUGUUUACUGUUAAGUAGAUCUAAAUCUUGGUACCUAUUUUUGCAAGUAGCUAUUUCAAAACUGUCUUCCUAAUUUGGUCAAGUUAAAAAUAAAAAAAAAGAAAGAAAAAAGGGGCUUUCCAGAAUGUUUACCUGGUUGUGAAUUGAAAAAUAAAAUAGCCAAUUUGGGUCAUUGUAAAUAUAUGUAAUUUUAUGCUGUAACAAAAAUUAGAAAUAAUGUGGCAGAUGCAUAUUCAGUAUCUUUUUGGUAGUGCUCGGGCCUUACAAAACCUGUAUAUGCUAAUAAGCAUAUGCUCUAACACCUAUGUAACUGACCUUAAAUCCUAAGAUGUCAGUUAACAUUAGCAUAUGUUAUGGUGAGACAGUAGAUUAAAAAAACGCUACAAAAGAAUGCUUGACUUGGAAUUCUGAUUCUUAAGGGACAUCAUUUUGCAUUGUGUGGGAAAUAGUAUUGUUAGAAUGUAGUGACUCAGUUUAGAUGCUCUAAGAACAAACAUCCCUUGUGUGUAUUCUCUUGAAUAAGAAACUACAAAAGCAUUUCUUACCCAUACUCUUUGGCUUAAAAAUGUUCAGCAGAAUGGACCUAGGAAGUACUUUUGGUUAAAUCCUAUUUAUAUGCAGUACACUGAAUCUUUAGAAAUGAGAUAUGAAUAUCUAUACUGUAAAUAUUUGGUUUGUUUGGCACCUCUGUAAGUUCUGUUUUUAUAUGAAGAUAUUUGUUGAUUAUAAAGCAAAAUAAAACUUGUACUUAAAUGAUUUUUUUAAUUCAUAUCCCUUAAUUAAACUGCCAAAAAUUAAAGUGCAAUAUUGUAUCUUUUUAAUAAAAAUUUAAAAUAGAUAUUUUUAUGUUCCUUGGAUCACAAGAAAUACAGUAUAAUAAAAUUAGCAGAAUGAUUAAUA